AGCAUGCGCGGACGGGUUAAACUUACACUACCGGCUCGGCAACUUCAGUCAGUCAGUGAAAGCGAUGGAAAGGUGUAAACAUGGACCUCGCGGUUCUUAUUUCCAGUGCAGUGUCGUUCGUCUUAUACCUGAAUUCCCUGGAUGCUGAUUUUGCUUAUGACGACAGUCGUGCCAUAAAAAAGAACCAGGACUUGUUGCCAGAGACUCCACUUAUUAACUUGUUCUACGAUGAUUUCUGGGGAACCCCGCUCACCCACAGUGGAUCUCACAAGUCGUACAGACCACUAUGUGUUCUUUCCUUCAGACUAAAUUAUUACCUUGGAGAAUUCAGUCCCUGGGGUUACCACCUCGGAAAUAUUCUACUCCAUGUCAUAGUUACAGCAGUUUUCACAAAAUUAGCAAGAAUUUUUCUGCGGGAUGAUUUUCCAACAUUCGCUGCAGGAUUGCUAUUUGCGGCACAUCCUGUCCACACUGAAGCCGUAGCAGGAAUUGUAGGACGGGCCGAUGUUGGGGCCUGUCUGUUUUUCCUCCUUUCCUUGUUAUGUUAUAUACAGUAUGUGAAAUAUAGAGAACAUGUGACAGAGAGUGGUCCCCCCUUUUGGGGGCUGAUGUACAUUGUAGGUACAGCCAUAUUUACAACAGCGAGCAUGCUCACAAAAGAACAGGGGGUCACUGUCAUUGCUGUAUGUGCUACAUAUGACUUGUUUGUUCACAACAAAGUUCAAAUUGCAGACAUUCUUUCAUUUCGAUGGUUGGGAAACAGAAAGAUUAGAGAGGGAAUCCUAUAUCUAGCUGUGAUAGGAAUUCUCCUGGUGGCAUUCCGAAUCAUGUUCAUGGGAAAUAAACCCCCGGAGUUUGCACCCUCCGAUAAUCCUGCUGCAGAUUCUGACUCCAUAGUUACGCGAUUUCUUACAUACAUUUUACUUCCGGUGUACAACAUGUGGAUCCUGUUGUGUCCACGAGUGCUCAGUUUUGAUUGGUCCAUGGAUGCAAUUCCAUUGGUCGAGUCCAUUGGAGAUAUACGCAAUGUAUUUUCUAUUGUAUUUUACGCAAUUUUAUUUUAUGUUUCUUCAAAUUUAUUGACUUAUUUACACAAAACCAGUCAGUUUAGUAGUCAAACAUCUCCACUGGUGAAACCACAUCUGAAUGGUAAUGGUGUGUCACAUCACGGGAACCAUAGCAGUCAAAAAAAUAGUCAUAAUGGCAAACGUCAUAAACAUUCCCGGCGAGGAUCCAACAGUUCAACAGGCAGUGAGGAGGAUCCAGUGGAGGGGGGAUCCACAAUCUACAAGUCUCAAGACAUCUUAAUUAUCUCAUUAUCUCUGAUGGUAUUUCCUUUCAUUCCAGCAACAAAUUUAUUCUUCUAUGUUGGAUUUGUGAUUGCAGAGCGAGUGCUUUAUAUUCCUAGUAUGGGAUUUUGUCUUCUAGUGGCUCAUGGUGCUAAUAGUUUAUAUAAAAAAUACAAAAGUGACGAAGUGAAGAAGAAGUGCAUUCUGGGAAGUGUAGGACUUCUGUUGUUAAUGCUUUCUGGCAGGACGUUUCUCCGAAACAGAGUUUGGCAAUCCGAGGAGAACUUGUACAGUUCUGGACUGUCUACCAACCCCGCUAAAGCUUGGGGUAACCUGGCCAAUGUCUGGAAUCAACAGGGAAAGAAGAUGGAGGCAGAACAGGCAUAUAGGAAUGCCCUCAAACACCGGGGCAAUAUGGCCGACACACACUACAAUCUAGGCAUCUUGCUCCAGGAUCAGAAGCGGAUGGAAGCUGCGGUAGAAAGCUACAAGAGAGCUAUUCAGUACAGACCUAAAUUGUCAAUGGCCCAUCUGAAUUUGGCCAUUAUCUAUGCUGGUCAGGGAAAAUAUGCUGAGGCAGAAAAGAUUUACCGCCACUGUGCUGACCUUGACACCUCUGGCCUUAAGGAUCCACGUCUCCAUGAGAACACGAAGAUCUCAGCCCUUUAUAACUUGGGCAGAAUGUUAGCUGAGCAGGAGAGGAACAAGGAAGCUAUAGAGGUGUACAGGGAGGCUCUAAAGAGGAGACCCAGCUACUACGCUCCUCAGUCUAUUUAUAACAUGCUAGGUGAGGUAUAUAUGAAGAUAGGUCAGAUAGAUGAAGCUGAGAAAUGGUACAAAGAGGCCUUGAAGGCCAAGGCUGACCAUGUGCCAGCCCACCUGACCAUGGCCAAACUCCUCCAUAAAAAGAACCAGAUAAAGGAAGCUGAGCAGUGGUUUAAGAAAGCCAAACAACUGGACCCUGACGAUACAAUGGUGGACCAUCAUUACGCCCAGUUCCUGGGAGAAACAGGGAGGCUUAAAGAAUCUUCCACCAUGUACAGACAAGCCAUCCAGAAGUCUCCAAACGACUUUGAACUCAUCUUCAAUGCAGCAAACAUUCUCAGACAAGAUGGUGAUAAUGAGGCAUCUGAGAAACUCUAUGAAAAGGCUGUACUGCUCAAGCCAAAUGUAGCAACAGCUCAUAUGAAUUUAGGAGCCAUGUAUCAUCUCAAUGGAAAGCUUGAAAAGGCAGAGCAGAGUUAUCUGGAAGCUCUAAAACUCAAACCUACUGACAUAACCACACAACAGAAUCUCCAAAAACUACGCAACCUAAUGCAGAGUAAUGGCCGACAGCGACAAACUGGCAAACGAUGAGGGAGAAUAAAGAGGAUGUGCAGCCACAAUUUGUCUAAAUUUGAAAGAAAUAUGGAUUUAGUUGUUACAGUUGUAGAAAACUCAAAAGGAACGAGAUUAAUAUACUUAUGAACAAGGAGGUUAACAAAUGAUUAAAAAGAAAUUUUCUAUGAUACACUUACUAGUAUUUUUUUCAGUGAAAAUGAAAUUUCUGUUGUUAUAGCUUUGGCUUAACUUUUAUACAUAUGCUCUAGAAAUUUAUGUUUAGGGAAAUGUAAAAAAAAAAAGGGGGGGUGGGUGUUCAACAAUUAGCAUACAAUGACCAAAAAUAAUUAUCAUAGCUUUACAUCUAGGAGUUUUUCUAUUAUAUCCAGCAGAUUUUCCUUUGUUGUUUACACAUUAUGAACAAUUUUUUCUUACUACAGCUUUCUUUUCAUUGCAAUAGUGCCUUCAAAAGCACAUAUCACUUCUCUACAAAUUUAUUUUCUACCAACAUAUUUAAUUUUAAUGUUUAUGUACAUAUACAUUUAAAUUGAGAAAAUAUGUUAAAAUUCACACAGUAAUUUACUGAUUCAUUAAAUAUGAGUGUAAAAUUUACCAAGGUAGUGAUUAACAAACACAGUAAGAAUCAGUGAGGUUUACUGAUUUUUACAAGGAGGCAAUAAAUCCUGCUAAAGUUGAAUUUUACAGUUGUUAACAACAUUUGGAUACUCAGAUUCUCUUUUAAUGCUUUAUUUUUUUUUUCAUGCUUUAAAGUCUGUUUGUUAUUAAUAUACAUUCUGUUGGGCAAAUAUUUACAAAGUCUGCAUCAAUUUAUUGAUUUCAAAUGAAGCUUACAUUUGAAGACUUGCUGACAUCAGCAACUGAAGGCAGUCCACAUAUCUGUGCUUUAUAUAUCUUUCCUUUUUCUUUCUUUUGUAAUAUAUUUGUUUCUGAGCAAUACCAAGGGAGAUAAUGUAGAGUACAAGGGGAGACUACUUGUAUAAUCAUGUUCUAGUCCUGUAGGGGGUCCCAGGUGAACCAAUGGCAGACCUGGAACAGUUCUCAUUCAUUGUUCAUUGACCAAUGGCAUAGCUGGAACAGUUCUUAUUCAUUGUUAAUUGACCAAUGGCAGAGCUGGAACAGUUCUCAUUCGUUGUUCAUUGUCCAUUGCUUCAAAAGCAUGUGUUAUUGAAUGUAUUUAAGUUGAAUGUACUUCAUUGUAAAACUUUAAUGAAUUAUCAUGAUUAUUUUUCAUUGGGGGAGUUGUUAAGGUGUUUUCACUGUCAAGACAGUGUGUGUGUAAAUGUUUAUGAGCUUUGUUAUUCCAAAAUGCUACAUGUAUUUAGUGUGCAAUGAUAUUAGCAUCCAUUCUACAAGUUCAAAAUCCUUAUAAGAUCUCUAGAUUAGUGAGGGGGGAAUUGAUAAGAUUUUUUUUGCCUUGUCUAGCAAUAUUUUAUAUCAUUAUGCUUGAAUUAGAUGACAUUUUAUGUUUGUGAUAUACAAUAUAUUUGAAGAUGUUUAAAAUCUAAGACAGAAUUAAUUAAGGUGCUUUAUCUGUCUGACCUGUGAGAAUGUACUGAAAUCUAGCUGUCUGAAUGUUCUCAACUUAGUGUACAAAUUUUGAACAAUCAUAUCAAAGGAUUAUAAAAUCUACAGAUCUCUCGAUGGCCUGAGUGAGAAUGUAAUGUGAUAUAUGACAUUCCUUAGUAAAAUACUGAAAAUACUGCAUGUCAUGUUUUGAAAGGCGAUUGUAAACAAUUUAAUGUAGGUUAUAACUCUGUUACUUUUUCUUUUUAGAGAACUACUCAUAUUUUUUUCUGUUAGUAUAUUUUUUAAUUUGUUGAUGCUCUGUAAUGUAAUGUUAUUAAAGAUGCAAUAAAACACUAAAAUCAUA